UAACCCAAAAACUGCUAUUUAAAGCUUUUUUUAAAAAAUUCUUUCCUAAACCUUUGGAUUGUUUUUGUUCGAUAAUAGGUCGGUUAUGUUAUUUCUUCUCUUUCAAUUGUAAAUUUGUUAUCCUAAAAAAUGUCAAAUUCAAUGGAAAGAUACCAAAAACUCGAAUUUAAAGAAGGUCUAUCAAGAAUCCACCAUUACCCGUCAGCCUGCAAAGAUCUGAGCUUGAUUCUAAGAGAAGCAUAUAACAAGAUCCCCAAGAAUCUCCAAUCCGUCGUCGUUCAAGACACCCUCUUCGCUUUUCGUCUGCUUACCGAAAUGCAGACAAGUGGGGCGGUUUCAGCAGCUCAUGUCUUACUUCAGAGCGCAGAGGCCGUAUUGCCAAAACAGAAGAAAAAUUUGGCUGUUAAAGAAUUUAAAAAUGCUGUAGUUGCUCAUAAAAGGCGUUUGAAAGCUCGCCGAGACGAACAAAGUACUACUGAUCUGCCGCACGAUGUUCUGCUUCACAUAUUCAGCUUCCUGGACAUGAAAUCUUUAGUUUCUGCUGAAUCAGUCUGCUGGUCCUGGAAUUUAGCUGCUACUAAUGAUCAGCUCUGGGAGUCUCAAUAUGCCAUCUUUUUCGGUAACAAGUUAAAGACUAGGGAGCUCACUCAUUUGCAGGAUGACACAGUUGCUGGAGCGGGCAUUGAAUCGAAAGAGGCUUUUAAAAGAGCUUAUCUAGGGAAUUCAUCAAAGAGGUUAACAUCUAAUAGAGGAUUUUGUAGCCAAUGUGACACAAUAGUGUGGCUAGAUAACAUGAAAUGCUGCAACAGAGACCAUGAAGCCGAUUCUGAUAAUCAGCAAAUCGUGCCCGUAUCACCUCACCAGGUAAUUGAUUAUCUACUAAAUGGUUCAUCAAUUCUAUAUUCUUCAGAUAGUGAAAGUGAAUCAGAGGAAGAAUUGCUUUGCAGUUUAUGGGCCUAUCCUAGGCACUUUGCUAAAUAUGGAGUAUAAGUUGGAGCAUAAUAAGACAAAAGAUUUCUUCAUUUCUUUCAGUGGGCAUCCAUUAAAACACCCACAAAUAUAAAACAGAAGAACUUUCCAAAUUUAAUUUGAUUAUAGUCUAAGGUCUGCAAUGUAUGAAUGUAUGAACCUUCCAACAGGUAGUUGUACAAGUUGCUAGAACUAUGCCUAUAAUUUAUUUAAUAGUUGUUC